UUGCUACUGACAAUGCGACGUCGUGCAUUUCGGUUGAUAAGAUCACGAAAUGCAUGAAUUUGCACUUUGUGACCAAUGGCGUUUGGUAUCGGAUGUAAUAAAAAAUGCACAUUUUCUAACGUCAUUCGAUACUCAAGUGCCGUUAUUCCCAUAUCGCAAAGACCGUUGGAUCGUUUACCGUUUAAUUUAGUCGCCUCUUUAAUUCUCGCGCAGCCAACGUCAACGACAGUUGACAACGUCGAUGGUUCUCACAGCAAUUCCCGGAAGCAACUUUUCGAGACGCAGUGUUAUUUCCUGAGGCGAAUAAGAUACGACGUCGGGAAAAGAGGGGAUAAAAAUAGUGGUGACCCUUUAAAGAUCGGAUCUUAAAGAAGAGGAAGGAUAACACAGUGCUAGUAACCACUUCACCAGCAACAUGAGCUACUUGAAGUCGAUUGGCACCACCAUCAUUUAUAUCGGCUUCUUUCUGGCCCUCAUCACGUUCAUUCCUGGUUUACCACCGGACACGGAAUUUCGGGAGUACAGCAUAGUGCAACCGCGCGAUAUCGAUCCUAAAUUAGGCCCGAAGAAUCGGCUCAACAAUGCGGAAAAGCUAUUCGAAGGCAGACUUCUCGGUCCAGAAUCCUAUGCUACCUACGACGGUCAGAUCUACACCGCCGUUUACGACGGUUACCUCCUGAGGAUCGAUGAGGACGACCUCGUGCCGAUUGCUAAAUUUGGCAAAAAGUGCGAUGGCCAGUGGCAACAGCAAAAAUGUGGCAGAAUAUUAGGAUUGAAAUUUGAUAAGAAGGGCAACUUAUAUGCAGUCGAUUCUUAUUAUGGAAUUUUCAAAGUAAAUGUUGCAACUGGAGAUUACAAAAAUAUAGUGAACAUUUCUAAACCGAUUGACGGGAAAAUUCCAUUAUUACCUAACAGUAUCGAUAUAGCGGAAAAUGGAGACCUUUAUUGGUCUGAUAGCAAUACAGAUUUCCCACUUUAUGAUUUAAUGCAGGUGUUAUCAUCAAAUCCAUCGGGCAGGCUUAUACGUUAUAAUGCUGCUAAAAAGAAGAACGAAGUAUUACUAAAGAAUCUUGCAUUUGCAAAUGGAGUUAUACUAAGUGACGACGAAAGUUUUGUACUUGUAACAGAAUCAGUGGCAUGUCGUAUAGUAAAGUAUCACUUGAAAGGACCAAAAGCAGGUCAACACGAGAUCUUCAUCGAAGGCUUGCCAGGUUUACCAGACAAUCUUCAAAGCGAUGGUCAAGGUGGUUUUCUCGUCUCUUUAAUUAUUGUUAUAGACUCUCAGCAUCCUCAUAUUACUGUUUCUCUUGCACCACAUCCAUACUUAAGAAAGAUGCUUGUGCGAUUGUUAGUGGUGAUGGAAUUGCCAUUUAAACUGUUGCAUGAUAUUUAUCCCAAUACUUUUGCGGAGAAAGUUUUGGACUCAAUUGGAUCAUAUCAUAUGGGAGAAAUAUUUAAUACUUUGAAGAAAAGUUUAAUAUGUAGAAUAGAUGCUUCGGGUAACAUUAUGCAAAUCCUUUCUUCGAAUGAUGACACGAUCAGUGGUAUGAGUGAAGCUUAUAUACAUAAUGGCUUUGUAUGGUUUGGCAGUCCGUGGCGAAAUUAUAUCGCGAGAGUUCCAUUAAAACAAGCUUUUCCUGAUCUGGCUGAAAAGCAAUCUUCUCGUACAAAAAGCGAGAAUGUCGCUUCAAAUGUAAAGUCAGAAAAAGCAAAGCAAGACACGAUAUCAACAUCUACACCAAUCACAUCUAAACCAACUCCUACAACGUCUAAGCCAACCGCUACUCCCACAACCACUGCGCCAAAACCAUCCCCAACUCCUAAGGUUGAUAAAUCUACUACUAUUGGCAGUAACAAUGCAAAAUCAACUUCGAAAUCUGCAAAUGCUGAAGUCAAGAAGAGUGCAGAAACAAUUAGUGACACGAAAUCUAAUACGAAAUCCAAUUCGCCGAAUGCGAAAUCCGAAACAGAUAAUAAAAAAGAGGAUGCUGCAAAAAAAGAUAUUAAAUCUGGUAAAAGUGUAAAAGUGGAACAAGAGGCUUCUAUUAAAAAGAAAGUACAAAAAUCAUCUCCUGAGAAAGUUAAGUCGGUAGAAACAAAUCGUCCAAGAGACGAUCUUUAAUAAAAGAUAAUUUAACGAUGAUGCAUUGUGAUAUCAUCAACACUUGUUGAAAAUGAUACAUUCCAUUUUUCAGAUAUUCCAA